GCUUUAAGUAUGGCAGCCGUGACUGUGAGAAUGACGAUGCUGGUCAGGAAGAGCCCUUUCAGCCCCUGAGCCAGCGAGACACGGUCAGGAGCCAUGCCUCUGGUGAAGAGGAGCAUCGAGCCGCGGCACCUGUGCCGCGGCGCUCUGCCGGAAGGGGUCCCCAGCGAGCUGGAGUGCGUCACCAACAGUACCCUCGCGGCCAUCAUCCGCCAGCUCAGCAGCCUGAGCAAGCAUGCAGAAGACAUAUUCGGCGAGCUGUUUAGCGAGGCCAACAGCUUCUACGUCCGAGCCAACUCCCUUCAGGACAGGAUCGACCGCCUGGCCGUCAAAGUGACCCAGCUGGACUCGACCGUGGAAGAAGUGUCCCUGCAGGACAUCAACAUGAAGAAAGCCUUCAAGAGCUCCACUGUCCAGGACCAGCAGGUGGUGUCCAAGAGCAGUGUGCCCAACCCGGUGGCCGACAUCUACAACCAGAGCGACCCGCCACCCCCGCUCAACAGCCUGACGCCAUACAGAGAUGACAAGAAGGAUGGGCUCAAGUUCUACACGGACCCCUCCUACUUCUUUGACCUGUGGAAGGAGAAGAUGCUGCAGGACACGGAGGACAAGCGCAAGGAGAAGAGGCGACAGAAGGAGCAAAAGCGUGUCGACGGUACCACCCGCGAGGUGAAAAAGGUUAGAAAAGCCCGGAACAGACGCCAGGAGUGGAACAUGAUGGCGUAUGACAAAGAGCUGAGGCCCGACCACAGGCUGUCUCAGAGCGGGGGCCACGGCGCCUCAUCCGAGGGGUCCCUGUCCCCAGACACUAGAUCCCACGCCUCCGACGUGACCGACUACUCGUACCCGGCCACCCCCAACCACUCCAUGCACGCGCAGCCGGCCACGCCUGCCUACGCGGCGGGCGACGGGACCCAGCACUGGGCGGCCCCCGACCACGAGUGCCGGCCGCCCUCUGCCUCCGCCAGGCACGUGGCGCUCAACAGACCGCAGCAGCCACCGCCGCCGCCCCCACCGCAGGCCGCAGACGGCCCCCAGGCCGUGGCCCCCGCGGACUACGGGCUGCUCCCGGCCCAGAUGAUGGAGUACUACAGCCCUUCGGGCCCACCGCCGCCUCCCCCGCCUCCGAUGAUCCCUUCUGCACAAACUGCCUUCGUCAGCCCCCUGCAGGUCCCCGCGCCGGCCUCCUGCCCCGCCCCUCCACACCCGCCGCCUGCGGGGCUCCUCGCCACCGCCCCGCCCCCACCAGGACCCCCACCGCCCCCACCAGGCCCUCCCGGGGCCGGCGCCUCGCUCUCGCCCUCCCCAAUGCACGGCCCCCAGGGAGCCGCUGAGACCAAGCGUCCCGAAGCCACCCAACCACCCAUCAGCGACGCCCGCAGCGACCUCCUGGCCGCCAUCCGAAUGGGGAUCCAGCUGAAGAAGGUGCAGGAGCAGCAGGAGCAGGAGGCCAAGCGGGAGCCCGUGGGGGACGACGUGGCCACCAUCCUGUCCAGACGCAUCGCCGUGGAGUACAGCGACUCCGACGACGAUUCGGAGUUUGACGACAACGACUGGUCAGACUGAGGCCGGCGGGCCCUCCCCGGGCCACCGGGCAGGGUGGCGAGCUGAGCCCAGGCCCGAGGCUCCCACCCCCACUCCACCCACCCCCGCUCUCCAGUAGUGGUGUCAGCACCCCCUUAGCUUAGCGACUUUUGUUCUCAUGACAUGGUACUGCUUUUGCACAGCCCCUGGCACAUCCCGUGCCAUCCUGAGCGUCACUGGCAGAGGCGAGUGUCAGUGCCCUGCAGCCAUGCCCCACCCUGUGCCCGCCCGCUGGGGUCUAGCGGACUCCACUUCCUCCCGGGGCCUCCAGAGGCACGGCCGUGUGCCUGUGAGCAGCCAUCCCCCAAUCCUUUCUCUCGAUCAUUCUUUUCCCUUCCGUGUGUUUCAAAGAAAAGCUAGUGAGAGAGAGAGGGUGAGGUAGUGUGCGAGGAACAUGGAAGGGUCUCCCUCUCCUGUUCUUGCCCAAGUACAGCCCCCAGGUGAUGCCAGCGUCCCUCCCACCAGCCCAGUCCCUCUGUGAGCGCUUGUGAACUGUGAGAGAGCCCGUGGGACGCGCCCUUCCCUCUGCCGGCCCCACCCCACCCCCAGCAGCUCAGUCGUGAUUGUGGCAGGGAGAAGGGCCUCUUGU